CCAAGUUCUGUAUUCUUCUUUGCCUGAAACUUGAAAUUUGAGACCCUGGCACACUCUUCUAACGUUUCGUCAGGAAACUGGUGAACUACUAAUGAGCCACUUUCUGAAUUCAUAAGCGGUGUUGAAUUCGAACGCGGGAAACUGCAGACGCACAAAGCAGUACGCAAGAUGUCUAUGGCACUCAUGGGGCCUCCGAUGUGUACAAGCAGUGUACAAUCCUCCCAUAUCUGGUUGUUUGUGCCCCUUUAACCCGUAGGCGAGUCAAUCGAUCUAUGAUGUUGGUCCAUUCGUUUACUACUCGCGGAGCAACGGAGAUUGGCGAGAAUUAGAAUGUGUUUUGUCAUCCAAAUUGUUCAUGAAGAAAUCACGAAGGAGGCUUCACCGCGAUAUAAAAAGCUCGUCGGGGUUGCACCGUCCCUAAGCAUCUAGUCGAAAUCUCAUCGAACACUCAGCUUCAGCAAUGGCCACUGCUACAGUCCUCGCUCCUCACGACGUUAAUACCACCCUCAACUACCUCAAGCUCGUAGGGGACGAGGCUCCAUUCAAUUACAUGUAUACCCUACCAGAAGGCGAGGCGACCACUAAUAUCCGAUCCGACCUUUGACCAGCCAUCAUCCAUGAUAUCCGAGGUCAAGAAGAUACAGUCUCACUCGACACGACUGAUUUUGGUUUUAUCAAGCAUGUUAGCGAGGAGAAGGAGUUUGUCAACUAAGAAGCGAUCAUGACGCGUUAUUAUAAGGAAGUAGAGAAACUUCUCAAGAAGCAUACCGGUGCGAAAAGGGUUUUUGUUUUCGAUCAUAUUAUCAGACGUCCGGUUGUAGAAGGGUCCGAGUCCGGUCAGAACCCUCCACUUCGCGGGCCUGUGACUCGUGUACAUGCCGACCAGACAUACGUUGCUGGAGAGAAGCGCUGGCCUAUCGAGAACGUCGUCGCACAUCACCCUCUGGCUGUUGCUGAUUGGCGUACCGUUAACCCCGACAUUGACCUCGUCCACACCCGGUACGUUUACCGUGAUCGCGAGGGCUCGACGUUCAGCGUGAAGGACAACCCCGAGCACCGCUGGUACUACCUGGGAAACCAGACGUCAGAAGAGGUUACCUUGAUCAAGUGCUUUGACACGGACGAGAGCAAGGCUAGGCUGACCCCACACUCUGCAUUCUUGGACUCGUCGAGUCCCAAGGAUGCACCGCAGAGGCAGUCUACCGAGACUAGAUGCUUGGUGUUCGAUGCGGAGUAG